AUGGACCAUCUGGUGAGCAGUUUGGUUAAGAAGAAGCACAAAAAGAAGAACACAAAGAAAAAGCAGCCCAAAACCGCAUCAGAGAAGCCGGCUAAGCAGAAUACAAAGGCCUUCACCUUUAGUGGUGGGAGAAGGUCGGUUCAUCGCAGGUUUCAGCACGCGAGCGAAGUUGAAGAGAAGCGUUUGAGGAAGCCCCGUAUCUUUAAAACCCCUGAAGAGCCCCCGCCAAUUGUGGUAGUGGUUCAGGGGCCGAAAUCUGUGGGAAAAAGCACUCUGAUAACGUCCCUGGUGAAGCAGUACUCGAAGCGCAACAUUAGUAGCAUCAACGGGCCAAUCACCAUGGUUUCCUCAAAAUCUAGAAGAAUAACGGUCGUAGAGUGCGGAAAUUCGAUGAUUGACAUGAUUGAUUGCUGCAAAGUGGCAGAUAUCGCACUCGUGAUGAUAGACGCAUCCUACGGGUACGAAAUGGAGACGUUCGAGUUCGUUAACAUGAUGCAGGUCCACGGGUUCCCGAGGAUCAUCGGGAUUCUGACGCAUCUGGACGCAUUCAAGGACAACAAGAACCUGCGCAGGACGAAGAAGGUGCUGAAGAAGCGCUUCUGGUCUGAGAUAUACGACGGAGCGAAGAUGUUCUACUUCACGGGAGUGCAGUACGGCCGCUACAAGAAGAGUGAGGUUUUAAACCUGACGAGGUACAUUUCAUCGCAAAGGCCGCCGAACAUUUCCUGGAGGCUGAGCCACCCUUACACGGUGAGUCUGCGCCACGAGGUAACAGGCGCCGAGGGCGAUGCGUGCAACGUUUCCUUCUACGGGUACGUGUACGGCGGUAAGAUGAACGUGACGAACAAGUUGCACAUACCGGGCGCAGGAGACUUCGGCAUAGAGUCGAUAACUAACUUCCAGGACCCGUGUCAAAUACAAAUGAAGGAGAGGACGCUGAAGGACAAGAAUAGAAACAUCUACGCUCCAUACUGCGACGUGGGAUCGCUGGUCUUGGACGACGACGCUAUGUACAUUCAACUUUUUAAGACGAAGGAACACUUCACGGAGAUGCCUGACGAGGACAAGGAAAACAUAUCUGAAGCAGUGCAGAUGGUAAGAACGCUGCAAAAAAUAGACCAAUAUAAACCGAACGAGGUGGAGUUGAAUAUUAUAAAUGAGCCUAAGGAGUUAAAGGGUGAAUAUGCAUAUUCGUCGACAGACGAGACCGAUUUGGGGAGUGAAGAGAGUGAUAAGGAGGAUGCUAACAAUGCUUUUAAUGAACAUGGGAAUAAUCUUAAUGACAAAAAGUCGCAUCGACAACAAAACCACAAAAAACUGGAUACUGAUGAGAGUGGCUACUCGUCAACAGAUGACACUUCGGAAGAGGACACUGAGGAUGAGGAGGAAGACGAUGAAGAGGACGGUUUAAAGAACAACGGGGUCAUAGAAGUGUACGACGAGAUCAGUCAGAGGGUAUACUUUGGAGACUCAGCGACUAGGUCGACUCUGAAGGACUUCUCCAGAGUGCCGGAGGAGGAUCUGGGAAUCACCUGGGACGAGGAGAAGCUGAGGGCCCUGAGGGAAGCAAAGUUCCUGAAUCUGGCCGACGACAACGAGGAGGAGGCGGAGGAGGAGGUGGAAAAUGACCCCGAGAGUGAGAAGUUUAAGAGCAUCCAGGAGGAGGAGCAGCGGAAGCUCUUCCAAGAGACGCUGAGGCUGGAUUCCACGGGGAACGUCGGCCACUUUGUGAAGAUAAGUGUGUCUGGAUUCCCACUUAGUUGCCUGAACAGCCUCAGCUCAAGGCCAAUAAUUCUGGGCUCAAUACAGCAGUCGGAGCACGGACUGGGAUUCAUGCAGGUGAAGAUCAAGAGACACAGGUGGUUUCCAAAGAUUUUGAAGACCAACGAUCCACUGCUGUUCUCAGUGGGAUGGAGACGGUUUCAGUCGCUGCCAGUUUACUGUAUGGAGGAUCGCAACCAAACGAGGAAUAAAAUGCUCAAAUACACGCCGGAGCACUUGCACUGUUUGGCAAACAUAUACGGGCCCUUGUCUCCUCCCAAUUUCGGCAUACUGGCGGUUAAAAAUUGGGAUAGAAUAUCAAAUUACAGGAUUUCAGCAAGCGGAGUGACAGUGGGAACGAAUCAGAAUUACAGAAUACUGAAGAAACUUAAGCUGAUUGGAGAACCGUACAAAAUAAUGAAAAACACCUGUUUCAUUAAAAAUAUGUUCAACUCGGAGUUGGAGGUUAUAAAGUGUAUUGGCUCGAAGAUACAGACUGCCUCAGGGAUAAGGGGUCAGAUUAAAAAACCAAUUGACAAGAACGGCGCCUUCAGAGCAACCUUCGAGGACAAGAUACUGCUGUCGGACCUAGUGGUUCUGAAAUCCUGGAUUGGCGUGGAGACUAAACAAUUUUACAACCUGCUCGUCGACUCUGACAAGUUCAAGCGGGUGAAGUCUAUUUCGGAGCUCAAGAAGUACGACGAGGCAAGGCCUGACUCCAAGUAUGAGAGGAAGGAGCUUCUGAGGAGGCCAGCUCGCCACUUCAACGAAAUUAGAAUUCCAAAGCCAAUAAUAGAAAAGCUGCCCUUUUCAUCUAAGCCUAAGGUUGUUGAACAUGAGAAGGAUGACACUAGUGUCAGUUUCGACGCCUCCGAACACGAAAAGAAGAUUGCGAGAAUGCUGCAUAAGUUACACACCAUUCGCAAGGACAGGCUUGAGAAGCGCAACGAGGCUCUGAAGGAGUACAAAUCCAAGAAAGCCAGGGAGCUGGAAAAGUUGGAGCUUGCCAAGAGCUCUAAACUACGCGAGAUUAAACGAAAGCGCAAUAUUAAGUCCUCAAAGGCUGAGUUGAACAAAAGGGCCAAGCUGCUUUUAUAG